UUUCGCACACGGACAAUUCACCAUGCAUCGCACGUACUCUAUGCGCCAGUCGCGCCUGCCAACGGCUUCGCAAAUCGAAAACCCUCCCCCGCCGUUGUCCUCCACCAAGACAAACAGACUCUUUGGAAAGGGCGGUUUCGCUUCAGGCCAUGCCUUGCGCAAAAACACGGCCGGUGCCUUCGGGCCCGACCUGGCCAGGAAACUGUCUCAGCUAGUGAAGAUGGAGAAGAACGUUAUGCGCAGCAUGGAAAUGGUGUCGAGGGAGCGUAUGGAGACUGCUCAACAACUCUCGAUCUGGGGCGAAAACUGCGACGAAGAUGUGUCCGAUGUCACUGACAAGCUCGGCGUCUUGCUCUAUGAAAUUGGAGAACUGGAGGAUCUGUUCGUCGACCGCUACGACCAGUACCGUGUCACCAUCAAGAGCAUUCGCAACAUUGAGGCUUCUGUCCAGCCCAGCCGCGACCGCAAGCAGAAGAUCACCGAUGAAAUCGCCAAGCUCAAGUACAAGGACCCCAAUUCCCCCCGCAUCGUCGUUCUGGAGCAAGAGCUGGUCCGUGCGGAAGCCGAGUCCCUCGUGGCUGAGGCUCAGCUCUCCAACAUCACCCGCGAGAAGCUCAAGGCGGCCUUCCAGUACCAGUUCGAUGCGCUCCGUGAGCAUUGCGAAAAGGUGGCCCUCAUCGCUGGUUACGGCAAGCACCUCCUGGAUCUGGUCGAUGAUACGCCGGUGACUCCUGGCGAGACUCGUCACGCGUAUGAUGGAUACGAUGCCAGCAAAGCGAUCAUUCAGGACUGCGAGGAAGCGCUCGCCAACUGGGUUUCGUCCAAGGCUUCGGUCAAGCCCGCACUCUCGCAACGCUCCCGCACCCUAUCCCAGCGUCACCGUGAUACCCUCAAGGGCCGCGAAGGUGUCGACCUUUCCGGACAGGACCAGCCAUUGGGCCGUGACUCGUGGGUACCCGCGGACCAGCAUGCGACCUACCAGCAUGAGGUCGAAGACGGUGAAGAUGUGGCCAGCACCGUGGAUGGAGAGUCUCGGGGUCGAGAAGAGGAACGGGAGCCGGUCACAGUUUCAGUUUGAACAUGGUGUGACGCAACCCGCUUCUUGAACGCCGAGUACUCAAUCUCAUCUUUGUCUCUAUAUGCGGAUUGAGAUUCCCGCUUAACGUGAUGUUCUCGUUUUCCUGAUGUUUGUUCUUACCCCAAUGAGUUUACUUACGAUUAAUUCACCUGAUAACGCAUGUCUGGAUACGUGGCAUCGCUUCAGCAACUAUGGUGUUGACAUGUUGGUCUAGACACAACACGUGGUGACAUCUGCGGCACCAGACAUGACGGGUCAGGUUUCCUCUACUGUCGAUCGAGUAAUGUAAUACUAUACCACGGCGAGGUGACGGAGACGGA